AUGGCUGUAUCAAGGCUUGACCGUCUGUUUAUUCUGCUUGAUACGGGUACAACCCCAGUGACGCGAAAAGCCGCUGCUCAGCAGCUGGGAGAUGUGGUGAAGCUCCACCCUCAUGAGCUGAACAACCUGUUAACUAAGGUUCUGACGUACCUGAGGAGCCCGAACUGGGACACGCGCAUUGCGGCGGGGCAGGCUGUGGAGGCCAUCGUGAAGAAUGUUCCAGAGUGGAAUCCCGCCCCUAAGCCUAAAGACGAGUCCAGCUCUGAUUGCUCAAUAGAGGAGUCCCUGUCAGACCGCCUGAGUUUCUACAGAUUCGACAUCUCCCGUCUGCUCAAACAUGGGGCGUCCCUGCUCGGGUCGGCCGGCGCAGAGUUUGAGGUCCAGGAUGACAAAGCUGGAGAGGUGGACCCGAAGGAGCGCCUGGCCCGUCAGAGGAAGCUGCUACAGAAGAAGCUGGGUCUGGACAUGGGCGCGGCCAUUGGCAUGGACACAGAGGAGCUCUUCAAUGACGAGGACCUGGACUACAACCCAGUCUGCGGCCAAACGGGACAAAGGCCCCAGGGAGGCCGGGCCCUGGCCUGUCCCAGCUCGCGCAACCACACAACCAUACAGGCAGCUGAGCUGAUAGACUCAGAGUUCCGGCCAGGCAUGAGCAAUCGACAGAAGAACAAGGCCAAGAGGAUGGCUAAGCUGGUGGCCAAACAAAGAUCCAGAGACAUGGAUCCCAAUGAGAAAAGCAAUGACAGCUUUGAAGGUGAACCAGAGGAGAAACGCAGGAAGACCACAAAUGUCGUCAUCGAGCAGCCAGCUACAGACCAUAAAGUUUUAAUAGACAACGUUCCUGAUAACGCCAGCAUGUUUGAGGAGACCCAGGAGUGGCCCCUGGAGAGCUUCUGUGACGAGCUCUGUAAUGACCUUUUCAAUCCGUCCUGGGAGAUUCGUCACGGUGCAGGGACGGGCCUCCGAGAGAUCCUCAAAUGUCACGGCACGGGAGGUGGGAAGCUAGUUGGAAGCACUGCUGAGGAGAUGGCUCGGCAGCAUCAAGAAUGGCUAGAGGACCUGGUCAUACGGCUGCUCUGUGUCUUUGCCCUCGACAGAUUUGGGGACUUUGUGUCUGAUGAGGUGGUUGCACCGGUGAGGGAGACGUGUGCCCAGACAUUGGGUGUGGCCCUCCGGCACAUGACGGACAGCGGAGUUGCCAUGACGGUGGACAUCCUGCUCAAGCUGCUAACAGAGGACCAGUGGGAGGUCCGACACGGUGGGCUUUUGGGCAUCAAGUAUGUCCUGGCUGUCCGACAGGAUCUGAUCGCCGCGCUGCUGCCCAAGGUGUUGCCGGCCAUCACCGAGGGGCUGCAGGACCUGGACGAUGAUGUCAGAGCUGUGGCGGCCGCCGCCCUCAUCCCCGUCGUGGAGGGGCUGGUGCAGCUGCAGCCUGCUGAGGUUCCCUUCAUUGUGAACACCCUGUGGGAUGCUCUUCUGGAACUGGAUGACCUCACCGCCUCCACCAAUAGCAUCAUGACCCUGCUGUCAUCACUGCUUACCUACCCUCAGGUCCGAGAAUGCAGCAUUCAGCAGUCCCUCACGGUUCUCGUCCCGCGGGUCUGGCCCUUCCUUCGGCACACCAUAUCGUCUGUCCGCCGGGCGGCGCUGGAGACCCUCUUCACACUCCUUUCCAAAGCUGACCAGAGCUGCGCGGUGUGGCUCACUCCCAUCCUGCAGGACAUGCUGAGGCACAUCUUCCAGUCCUGCAUCCUGGAAAGCAACCAGGAUAUCCUGGACCUCAUCCAGAAGGUGUGGACGGAGCUGAUCAACCAGGCUCCGCAGCAGUACGUGGUGGCGGCCAGCUGCCCCUGGAUGGGGGCGUGGCUCUGUCUGAUGAUGCAGCCCUCGCACAUCCCCAUAGACCUCAACAUGCUGCUGGAGGUGAAGGCACGCUCCAAGGAGAAGCUGGGCGGAAAGCCUCGGCAGGGCCCCAACCAGGUGAAGGAGACCAUCCAGGAGUACAUUGCCGGCGCGGAGACGGUGACAGACGACCCCGCCACGCGGGACUACGUGGUGAUGAGGGCGCGCCUCAUGGCUGCAAAGCUGCUGGGGGCGCUGUGUCGCUGCAUCUGUGACCCCCGGCUGAACUGUGGUGCUCAGGAGAUCCGUCCGGCCGAGUCGCUGGCCCAGCUCCUGCUCUUCCACCUCAACUCCAAAUCGGCCCUGCAGCGUAUCGCCGUGGCGCUGGUUCUGUGCGAAUGGGCCGCCCUGCAGAAGGAGUGCAGCGUGGUUUCGGCGGCGGUGCAGCCGCGGCUGCUGGCCAUCCUGUCGGAGCACCUGUACUACGACGAGAUCGCCAUCCCCUUCACCCGCAUGCAGAACGAGUGCAAGCAGCUGAUCGGCCUGCUCGCCGACGCCCAGAUCGACGUGCGCGACCGCGUCUCCUGCAGCGUCUUCACCAUCGACCAGGCCAACGAGCUGGUGACCACGGUCUUCAGUGAGUCCACCGCGGGCCUGAACGUGAAGUCCAGGUUGUGGCAGCCUCUGGACAGCAAGCGGCAGCAGGUCCAGGCCACGGUGCUGGAGACCGGGCAGGAGUGGCAGGUGCUGCACCUGCGGGUCCACAUGUUCACCGCCUGCGCCAUCGUCAACCUGCAGGUCCUGCCGGACAAGCUGAACCCGGUGAUCCGGCCGCUGAUGGAGGCGGUGAAGAAGGAGGAGAACACGCUGGUGCAGGGCUACGCCUCCACCUUCAUCGCCAAGCUGCUGCAGCACUGCAUCGCCCGCUCCCCCUGCCCCAACCCCAAAAUCCUCAAGAACCUCUGCACGUCUGUCUGCGUCGACCCGCUGCUCACCCCCUCGGCCGCCUGCCCCGUCCCUCCCACCCAGGACACAGCGAAAGCGGGCGUUUCAGAAAAAGAUGGCAUGCACCAUGUGGUCAACAAGACAAAAGGAAUCAUCACACUGUAUCGCCACCAGAGGGCAGCGUUCGCCAUCACUAGCAAGAGGGGCCCGACCCCCAAGGCCCCCAAGACCCCCACUGCAGAGCUACCGCCUGGAAGCACCGUCACCAUGGAUACAGAUGAGAGUAAGAAACCCUGCCUCAUUCAGAGAAGAGGGGCAGAGUUCUCCCUGACAACAGUUGCUAGGCACUUCGGCCCGGAGCUGACAAGUGCACUGCCCUACCUCUGGGACUCCAUGGUGGGGCUGCUAAGGGGCGUGGUCGAUGGGCACAGUUUCGACUACAGGUUGCAGCUGGAAAAGGGGGACUCUGCUGCCCAGGAGCUCGUCAACUCUCUGCAGGUGCUGGAGGUGACAGCAGGAGCCAUGUCCUCUGAGCUCGUCCCGCUGCUACUGGAGCACCUGCCCCACCUGUGUACCUGCCUGCAGCACCCCUACACAGCCGUGCGUCACAUGGCAGCGCGCUGCGUGGGUGUGCUCAGCAAGAUCGCUACCAUGGAAACCAUGAACGUCUUCCUGGAGCGCGUGCUGCCCUGGCUCGGGGCGAUCGAUGACAGCACCAAGCAGGAGGGCGCCAUCGAAGCCAUGGCCUGCGUGAUGGAGCAGCUGGACGUGGACAUCGUGCCCUACAUCGUGCUGCUGGUGGUGCCGGUGCUGGGCCGCAUGAGCGACCAGAGCGACAGCGUGCGCUUCAUGGCCACGCAGUGCUUCGCCACGCUCAUACGCCUGUUACCGCUGGAGGCGGGUAUACCAGACCCCCCCAACAUGUCCGACGAGCUGAUCAGACAGAAGGCCAGGGAGCGGCACUUCCUCGAGCAGCUGCUGGACGGACGCAAGCUGGAGAACUACAAGAUCCCUGUCCCCAUAAAAGCCGAGCUGCGGAAGUACCAGCAGGACGGAGUGAACUGGCUGUCCUUCCUGAAUAAGUACAAGCUGCACGGGAUCCUGUGUGACGACAUGGGCCUGGGAAAGACCCUGCAGUCCAUCUGCAUCCUGGCAGGGGACCACUACCUCAGGGCACAGGAGUAUGCAAAGACCAAGGCAGCUGACUGUGGGCCCCUGCCCUCCCUGGUGGUCUGUCCCCCCACGCUCACGGGACACUGGGUGGACGAGGUGGGAAAGUUCUGCUCUAAGGAGUACCUAAACCCCCUGCACUACACGGGCCCCCCCACGGAACGAGCACGGUUACAGCACCAGGUGAAGAAGCACAACCUUGUGGUCGCCUCUUAUGAUGUCGUGCGAAACGACAUUGACUUUUUUAGGAAUAUUAAAUUCAAUUAUUGUAUCCUCGAUGAGGGUCACGUCAUUAAAAACGGCAAAACCAAGCUAUCCAAGGCGAUAAAGCAGCUGACGGCGAACUUCCGCGUCAUCCUGUCAGGCACGCCCAUCCAGAACAACGUGCUGGAGUUGUGGUCUCUCUUCGACUUCCUCAUGCCGGGCUUCCUGGGGACAGAGCGCCAGUUCGCCGCGCGCUACGGGAAGCCCAUCCUCGCCAGCCGCGACGCCAAGAGCUCGUCCCGAGAGCAGGAGGCGGGUGUGCUGGCCAUGGAAGCUCUACAUCGUCAGGUGCUACCCUUUCUCCUGAGGAGGAUGAAGGAGGAUGUUCUCCAGGACCUGCCCCCGAAGAUCAUCCAGGAUUAUUAUUGCAACCUCAGUCCCCUGCAGGUUCAGCUGUAUGAGGACUUUGCCAGGUCACGUGCCAAGGUCAGCGUAGAGGACACCAUCUCGACCGCCACAGCACCCGAGGAAGAGGACAAACCCAAGCUGAAGGCCACGGGUCACGUGUUCCAGGCAUUGCAAUACCUGAGGAAGCUGUGUAACCACCCGGCCCUGGUCCUCACGCCCUUACAUCCUGAGUACAAGCGCAUCACUGAGCAACUGACAGCUCAGCACUCCAGUCUGAGAGACAUCCAGCACGCGCCCAAACUGUCUGCCCUCAAGCAGCUGCUGCUGGACUGCGGGCUGGGCGGGGCCGGCUCCUCGGAGGCGGGGACGGAGGCCGUGGUGGCCCAGCACCGCGUGCUCAUCUUCUGCCAGCUGAAGAGCAUGCUGGACAUCGUGGAGCACGACCUCCUGAAGCCGCAGCUGCCCUCGGUCACCUACCUGCGCCUGGACGGCAGCGUGCAGGCUGGCCUGCGUCACUCUAUCGUCUCCAGGUUCAACAAUGACCCGUCCAUCGACGUGCUGCUGCUCACCACCCACGUGGGAGGCCUGGGUCUCAAUCUGACCGGCGCCGACACCGUGGUGUUUGUGGAGCAUGACUGGAACCCGAUGAGGGACCUGCAGGCCAUGGACCGCGCCCACAGGAUCGGACAGAAACGUGUGGUGAACGUGUACCGCCUCAUCACGCGAGGCACGCUGGAGGAGAAGAUCAUGGGCCUGCAGAAGUUCAAGAUGAGCAUCGCCAACACGGUCAUCAGCCAGGAGAACGCCAGCCUGCAGAGCAUGGGCACCGACCAGCUGCUCAACCUCUUCACCUUGGACAAGGAUGAGAAGUCGGAGAAGGGCGAGACGUCUGCGGCCUCGUCGUCAGGAAAAGCCUCCAUGAAGUCGGUGCUGGAUGGCCUGGGAGACCUGUGGGACCAGCAGCAGUACGAGACCGAGUACGACCUGGACAGCUUCAUGCACUCUCUCCAGUGACCUGCGACCCCCUGCCCCUCCCAGAACGACCGGGACAGCUUCCUUCACGCACUCUCUCCAGAAACCUGCCACACGCUACCCCUCCCAACAUAGACCUGGACAGCUUCUUUCACGCACUCUCUACAGUAACCAGUCACACCCACACAUGUCCUGCCAUACCUAAUGCAACCCAGACAGCUUCAUGCACUCUAAUAGUGUGCCACGCCCGGACAAGCCCUGCCACACCCAGGAAGACCUGGGUAGCUUCAUGCACUCGCCAAUAACCUGCCACGCCUGGACACACCCUGCCACGCUCAUUGUGACUUGGACAGCCUCAUGAACUCUCCCAUCAUGCAUUAUCUCCCAAUGCGCCUGUCUAGACAGCUUUAAGCGGUCUGCAGUAACUGCAGUAACUAGCCCAGCUGACUGUACCUAGCUGCUCUGACUGCCUCCGCCUGCCGGUCUUCCGCAUGGGUGCUGGUGGUGGAGUAGAGAGGGGGCCAGGACCACAAGGAGGACAGGGCUUUUUAGGAAGGAUGUCUUAACACAUUUCCUUCUUGGUUUGAGAUUUCAGUGUGUGCACUCCACCCCCCCCCCCCCCCC